AUGGCCGCCUCUCUCGACGCAAUCCUUGCGAGGAACACCCCCGCUCCCGAUCAAGAUGCAGCUGGAAAGGUUCCUGGUGCCGCAUUUAUCGUCGUUAACAAAGAUGGCGUCCUUUACAAUGGUUCAGCGGGUCGCAUCGACCCUGCCCUUGGGUCUCGCCCGUGGAGCGCCGAUACAUUCACCCAUGUGGCGUCUUUGACGAAGAUUAUCACCGCUACUAGCAUUAUGCAGCUCGUGGAACGUGGCUUAGUGGAUCUCGACGCCGACAUGAGGGAACGCGUUCCGCGAUUGGGACAAAUGCCCAUCUUGAGAGGCUUCACCGAAGAUGAUAAGCCUAUCCUCGAAGAUCACGACGUACCAAUCACUCUGAGAAUGCUCCUGACUCACACAGUUGGGUUGAGCUACGACGUUAUCGAGCCAGACCUGAUGAGAUGGCACAAUGCUGUGGGCCGCAAGGCGACAAAUCUGGACUGGAGCCUGGAUGGCUUCCAUACGCCUGUACUUUUUAAGCCUGGCGAAAGCUUUUACUAUGGAACAGCGAUUGACUGGGCUGGUCAAGCAUUGGAGAAAAUUACCGGCAAAACGCUCGGCGAGUACAUGUCGGAGAACAUAUUCGACCCGCUCGGCAUGAAAGACACGGGCUUCUGGCCGGAGAAGUUGCCCCACACCGCCGACCGGACCGCCACAUGGUCCUACCGAGGCGAGGAUGGAUCCAGUAUCGCCCCCGGUCAGCAGAUGUUUGCCAAGGAACACCCGGUCGAGAGCGGCGGCGCGGGUCUCCUGACCACUGCUCAGGACUACAGCAAGUUCCUCCACGCGCUGUUGACAAACCAGAUUGUGAAGAAGGAGACGGUAGAUGAGAUGUUCCGUCCGCAGCUCAACGAGAAAAUUGCGCGAGACUCACGGGAAUUUGCGAACAAGUCGUUGACAGCGGUUGAGUUUGACCCUGAACUCAAGCUCAACUACGGCCUCAGUGGAUUCAUCAACAUGGAAGAUGCCGAAGGGAAGCGCAAGAAAGGCAGCAUGGCAUGGAGCGGCAUGUGCAAUAGCCAUUGGUGGAUGGACAGGGAGUCGGGUAUCGCAGCGGUACUGGUCGUACAGCUCAUGCCGUUUGGUGAUCCAACCUUCGUCAGGUUGUUCGAUGAGCUGGAGCGAGCAGUCUACAGUGAUUUGCUUGCAACGGCUUAG